AUGCCGCCGCCCGCGAAGCGACGCAGGCGCAAUCUCGUCCAGUCCGACGACGAGGACCAAGAACCCGUGCAACUGCAACAGCCACAGCAGCAGCAGGCUACCACCCCGACGAGAAAAAACAGCUUGAAGAACUUUCUCAUCGUCUCCCCGAGCCCAAACUCGAAACCGGCGCGUGACGCCACGACCUCGCCGAGUCCAACUCGAAAACCGACGCGACCUGCAACCACCACCACCACCACCGCCACGGCGGCGGCGGCGACUACCAGAUCGACCAGGAGUGGCGCGUCUUCUCUCAGCCAUGGCGCCGCACCGCCGAGCUUCCUCGCGGGUCCCAGGAGCCGCGGAGCCGGCAGCAGGACGUCGACGAAGAGCCCCAGCACGAGUCCGGAGAAGAGGACCAAGAGAGGAGUCAAGGUCGAGGAGAAGGGCAGGACGGCUGACCUGGUCACCUUGUUUUCCAAGCAGGCCCAGCGGGUCAAGACCGACGGCAAGCCAGCCGCCUCGCGUCUGGCGCCCUCGUCGCUCCUCCAGGACAUGACGAGCGAUCCGAUAUCGGAAGACGACGACGACGUGGCGGACCACAAGGCGGCCGUCUCGAGCGUGGUGGGGAGGAAGGCCAGCAAGCGGUUCCGGGAUGGUGGGGGCAGCGCCUCUUCGGCUUCAUCCUCCCAGCAGCAGCAGCAACAGGCGCCGGCGAGCUCGGCGACCUCGACCACGAGUCAAAUGUUUCGGAAGCCGUCGCGGCCGACCCAGGCAGUGCGUGAGGACGACGACGAGCUCCGGCCCUGGUCAGAGAGGUUCGGGCCGGCGAAUUUGGAUGAGCUGGCCGUGCACAAGAGGAAGGUUGCCGACGUCCGGAGAUGGCUGGAAGACGUCAUGGACGGCCGCGUGCGUCAGCGCCUGCUCAUCCUCAAGGGUGCCGCCGGGUCGGGCAAGACGACGACGCUGAGGCUGCUGGCUCGCGAGCUCAAGUGCGAGGUGCUCGAGUGGAGGAAUCCGACGAGCUCGUACGGUGGGCCCGGCCAAGGCUACCAGUCCGCUGCUGCUCAGUUUGAGGACUUUAUGGGGAGGGGAGGCAAGUUUGGCCAGCUCGACUUUGAAGAGGACGACGGCGUGCCGUCGCGAGUACCACCUCCUGGAAAGCGGCAGACGCCAGAGGACGGAGGACGGAGGCUGAUGCUGGUGGAAGAGUUUCCCAACACGUUCAUGCGGUCGUCUUCGGCCCUCGCGGCGUUUCGGAACGCGGUUCUGGGGUUCCUAGCGUCCAACACGCCUUCCCUCGCCGCGUUUGGACAACACAGGCAGAGGGAACAGAUCACACCCGUCGUCAUGAUCAUUUCAGAAACGCUACUUACCACAACGUCUGCCUCUGCUGACAGCUUCACCGCGCACCGCUUGCUCGGUCCAGAAAUACUCAGGCAUCCCGGCACCGGCGUCAUCGAGUUCAACGCCAUAGCACCAACGAUCCUGUCCAAGGCGCUCGAGCUGGUGGUUCAAAAGGAGGCACGCAAGUCGGGACGAAGGCGAACUCCCGGGCCUCAAGUCCUCAAAAGGCUUGGUGAGAUUGGUGAUAUUCGAAACGCAAUCUCAUCUCUAGAGUUUCUUUGUUUGAAGGGAGACCAAGAUGCGGACUGGGGCGCCCGGGUGUCCUUUACAAAGUCAAAGAAGGGGGCUAAGGAUCUGUCUUUGACCAAGGGUGAGAGGGAGUCUCUGGAAAUGGUCUCUCAAAGAGAAGCUAGCCUUGGCAUUUUUCAUGCAGUAGGUAAGGUGGUCUACAACAAGCGGGACGACAUUCCUUAUCCGCCGGGGACGGAAGGGUACGAAGCAGAGAGGCUACCGAGUUACAUGUCACAUUUGUCAAGGCCGAAACAGUCCCUAGUCCAGGUCGACUCCCUGAUCGAUGAGACGGGCACCGACACUUCGACUUUUAUCUCUGCGAUACACGAAAACUAUGCACUGUCCUGCGAAUCCACAGGGCCAAACGAUCCGAACUCUGCAGUGGACUAUAUGAACGGCUGUCUGGACAGCUUGUCAGACAGCGACCUCCUUUGCCCUUCGUGGGACAUAUUCUUUGGUGGCAGGGGCCCCAGUGGCUCCGGCAGGGACCUUGGUAGCCACGUGUUGCGCCAGGACGAGAUGGCAUUCCAACUUGCUGUUCGCGGCGUCCUGUUCUCGCUGCCGUCGCCCGUCAAGCGCCAGUCGGCUGGGAACCCAGCGAGGGGCAGUGGAGACUCCCACAAGAUGUUUUUUCCCACUAGCAUCAAGCUCUGGCGCGCCAAGGAGGAGCUCGAGGGGCUGAUGGACAUGUGGGCAACCCGGAUGCUGAACGGGGAGGACGGGCCCCUCGGGGUUGGCACCGCUGCUAGAGGACAACAAGGCCUCACUAACGGAGCCACGGCGUUUCGCAAACCCAAGCUGGGGACGCAGAGCACCUCGAGCAGCGUGGGCGACUGGACGACGAAUAAAGACACCCGGCAAUCGUCCUUUUCGGCAAGAUCGACGGCGUCGACGCAGUCGACCGAGAAGAAAGACGCCGACGGCAGCGCUGCGACGCCUCUGCUGUCGCUGGGGAGCUCCGCCCGCAAGGAGAUGCUACUCGAACGGCUGCCGUACAUGGCGCACAUGGCGCGGCGCCGACGCGGGUCUUUGCCUUCGAUGGGGCUGCGCGACCUCGAAAAGGUGGUUUCGUUCAGCGGCAUUGGCAACUCGUCCCUCGCCGAAGACGAGUCGGCGGCCGAGGACGAGGGCGAGGAUGAUGGAGGCGCUCAGCCUGCAGAGAGCUGGGCGACAGACAAACCUACGGACGAGUUUAGUCCUAGGAAGAAGAGGGCUGCGGCGGCCAUCAGGCCCAAGAAGCAGACCGGAAGCGGCGGCGAGGCCAUGCUACAGCCGAGUGCGUUGCAGGUUCAGAAGCUAGUGCUGAGCGAUGAUGAUAUCGAGGACGACUGA